AGGAUCUAAACAGGAUCUAGAUCAAUUAAUUAAUCAAAUUAAGAUCACUAAAUUCUUAGCUCGAUAUGUACUAGCAAAUCAUUAGGCACCACCCACCCCACUACUCCUCGCCACGCGCGCGGUCGCCCCAUGUCGUCCCACGACCCCAGCAGCGCCACCGCGGCGGACGCCGUCGCCGGCGGGAGCUACCGCGUGUGCGACACGGUGGUGCUCGUCUGCCUCGCCUUCGCCUCCUCCAUCAUCGUCUUCACCGUGGCCGUCUGCUUCCGCCGCGCCGUCACCCUGCAGGGCUACGCGGCCUCGGCGUCGGCGUCGCCGUCCGGCCGUGGCGGCGGCGCCGCCGCCGCACCCGCCGCUGUCGGCGGCCUGCGCGGGCUGGCGCCGUCCGCGCUCGCCGCGAUCCCCAAGUUCGCGUACCGGAGGGGCGCCGCGGGCGGCGGCGGCGGGUGGGCGCAGUGCGCGAUCUGCCUCGGCGUGGUGCGCGACGGCGAGGCCGUGCGGCGGCUGCCGGAGUGCAAGCACCUGUUCCACGUGGAGUGCGUCGACAUGUGGCUGUACUCGCACGCCACGUGCCCGCUCUGCCGGCGAGACGUCGGCGCCGCCGCCGCCGCGGCCGGCGACAAAGUCUAGCGGCCGGCGCCAUGGAUCGCGCCCCGCAGAUUUGGCAAGUUUGAGGUGUUUUAAUUAGGAUUAGUGUAAUUAUUAAGUACAGUUAGAAAGAUUUCGAUUCUGUAAUUACAAACGAAUUUUCAAUAUAAAGUGUCAUUUGAUCUCUUAAUUCUGCUGAAUUUUGAUAGGUUUUAUUUGGCUCUGCUUUAGCUUCCUACUUUCUUGUGUAUACGUGCCAGUAUCAUUGCAAAGAUGGAGUAAUUAAUAGUGAAAGUGAUAUGGAUUAGAUUGCACUCAACUGAAUAUUGGGUGGGCUGAUCACUGAAAGGAGCCGAACAAAUAUUUUAAUUAGGAACAAUAAUUUUGUUUGUCA